AUGGGGGGGGGGAUAGGGGGUUCAGGAGUUAGAGGGUGUGAUAAUAACAAACACAGAACGCCAUCAUCACCAUCCAGCCAGUCCCGGCCUGCACCGGUCACUCCCGGCCAGCCCCUUCCAAACCCGGUCACUCCCAGCCAGCCCCUUCCAAACCCGGCCACUCCCGGCCAGUCCCGGCCAAACCCGGUCACUCCCGGCCAGCCCCUUCCAAACCCGGCCACUCCCGGCCAGUCCCAGCCAGUCCCAGUCAGUCCCAGCCAGUCCCGGCCAGUCCCAGUCAGUCCCAGCCAGUCCCAGUCAGUCCCAGCCAGUCCCGGUCAGUCCCAGUCAGUCUCAGUCAGUCCCAGCCAGUCCCAGUCAGUCCCAGUUAGUCCCGGUCAGUCUCAGUCAGUCCCUGUCAGUCCCGGUCAGUCCCUGUCAGUCCCGGUCAGUCCCUGUCAGUCCCAGUCAGUCCUGGUCAGUCCCAGUCAGUCCCGGUCAGUCCCUGUCAGUACCGGUCAGUCCCGGUCAGUCCCGGUCAGUCCCGGCCAGUCCCAGUCAGUCCCGGUCAGUCCCGGUCAGUCCCUGUCAGUCCCAGUCAGUCCUGGUCAGUCCCAGUCAGUCCCGGUCAGUCCCUGUCAGUCCCGGUCAGUCCCGGUCAGUCCCGGCCAGUCCCAGUCAGUCCCGGUCAGUCCCGGCCAGUCCCAGUCAGUCCCGGUCAGUCCCGGUCAGUCCCUGUCAGUCCCGGUCAGUCCCUGUCAGUCCCAGUCAGUCCUGGUCAGUCCCAGUCAGUCCCGGCCUGUCCCAGUCAGUCCCUGUCAGUCCCGGUCAGUCCCUGUCAGUACCGGUCAGUCCCGGUCAGUCCCGGUCAGUCCCAGUCAGUCCCAGUCAGUCCUGGUCAGUCCCAGUCAGUCCCAGUCAGUCCUGGUCAGUCCCGGUCAGUCCCGGUCAGUCCCUGUCAGUACCAGUCAGUCCCGGUCAGUCCCAGUCAGUCCCAGUCAGUCCCAGUCAGUCCCGGCCAGUCCCAGCCAGUCCCAGUCAGUCCCAGCCCCUCCACUAUGAUAUGUGACUCUUGUUGACUACUCUUUCCCUGGGCCCACAUCUCACAGCACUGCAGCCCACUGUAUAACAACAUCAAUGUCAUUUAUACUGUAAAUAAGAUAUGUUUUUAUGUAAAUUGAACUCCUGGUAUUCUUUAAUGUGUUGUGUUAUGCAAAAAAAAAAAAAGAAUGGACCUGUUUUUUUUUGUUGCUUUGUUGUUUUCCUCGUUUUUUAUUUAUUUAUUUUUUUGCUUGUUGUAUGUAAUGUCAUAAUGAUUCUGACCUGAAAUCAGUCCCAAGGUGUCGACAGUACUCUAUACCCCUGUUUUAUGAAAAGACGACUGUUUACAUCUAUCUUUAGGAAUUUCAUAAUAAAUGGUUCAAACGAGA